CCUCACAUUUUAUUAUCUUGGAAUCUCCAGCAUCUGCAGUUCCCAUUAUCUCUGAUAUAUAUUUACCCUCUCACCUUAAACCUAAGCGGCAAUAUUUUCACACUGAGUGUAGUCUGUGUAUAGAAAUGAACUGCCAGAGGAGUGACAGAGGCGAUCAUAAUCACAGUAUUUAAAAGUCUCCUGGAUGGACACAUGAAUAGGAAGGGUCUGCAGGGAUAUGGACUACAUGCUGGAAAAUGGAACUAGUCAGUUACGGUAUCUGGUCGGCAUGGAGGAGUUGGACUGCAGGGUCUGUUUCCCUGCUGUACAACUCUACGACUCUGUCUCUCUCUCUCCCAUUUUCUCCAAACCCACCCCCCACCACACACACAAUCUCUGUCUCUCCAUCCCUCUGUGUGUGCCUCACUCUAUAUCUCUGUCUCUCUCCCUCUCUCCCCCCGACUCCCUCCCCCACCCCCGGCGCUCUGUCUUUGCCUGUGUCUCUCUUCCUCUCGUCCUGUGUUUAUCUAUCCGUGACUCGCCACCCGCUCAGCAGGGAGCGUUGAGUUUUUUUUUUGAACAAAGUUUAAAAAUCUGUUAAAACCCAACCCAUCCGCAGUCAGACUGCAUUUCUCAUCCCCUCUCUCUCUCUCACAGACAGUCUGUCGCUUUUUCCCUUUCAGUCAAUCCCUUCCUCUCCUGUUCCUACUCACGCCUUUUCCCCGCCUCUGCCUCAGCGACGAGUCCGCUGUCUGGAUCCCUUUUCCCAGGAGGGGGCUGAGGACCCAGCGGUUCGGCAGCGGGGAUCAUCGCACCACGGUCCCGGACCCCUCCAACCUCCUGUUCUCCAGCGGCCUCCAGCAUGACCACGGGGCUGGGAGCAGGCAUCCGGGCUGCUGGAGCGCUCGCUGCUCAGUGGCUCGGCCCUGCGCCGCCUGUGCUGGGAGCGGGGAUCCAAGGUGGGAGAAGGCCUCUUCGCCCGGCUCCUGGGCACAGCUACCUGCCUGAAGAGCUGUCUGGCACCGAGCCCGCACUCCCCGAGCCCCUGGCCGCAGGUCCGCGACGCCUUCCGUAGCUGAGCAGCCUACAACUAUCUCCUACUGCAAGGGAAAAAAGCAUUGAAAGUGCCGUUAAUUUUUUGCAUGGCGAGCUGCUGAAUACGAACCAGUCUUACACCGUUGCCAUCACCUUGCCCUUGUGAAGGCAGAUAUGGAUAAAGUUUUCAAACCUGAUAGAAAAUUGAAAGCACUCGCAUCCUGUGACGAUGAUUCUGAUGUCGGUAACUGGAAAGCCUCCAUUGUUGGAGGACGAGAAGCCGUAUCCAAUUGAAGCAGCACAGGCUUCUGCGAUGACUGUGGAAAUCACUGCUUAUGCCUUGCUUCAAGCAUUGUCAAGGAAUGAUAUUGACUACGCAACACCGAUUGCGAGGUGGCUAACGAUGCAACAGAACGAUGGUGGUGGAAUUCACUCGACGCAGGACACAAUCAUCGCCUUGGAAGCUUCAUCACGAUACUACUUUGCAUUUCUGAAGAGGGAAGAAGAAAUCAACAUGCAAAUUCAAUUCCAUGGUUUUGGAAGUCCCAUUGAGAACACGAUUCAUUUGCGCCGGCAUAAUGCUCUGACCGAGAAAGAAUUGAAGUUUCCACUUGGAAGAAAGAUUCACAUCAAAUUGACUGGUCAAGGAAAUGGGACACUGACUGGUGGAGUUAGUGGAACUGAAAAAGAUGUCUCCCUCACAGCGUUCGUGACAAAAGAAUUGUAUCGUUCCUUGGCGGCCUUUCAACAGAAGAAUAUUCAGAGAUUUCACGAGUGGUGCCUAUUUUUCCCAAACAAAAGGACCCAUCACUGAGCGGGAAGUAUGGAGAAUGUUAUAGACAUGAGGGGUGAGAUAAUGCUGGAUCUUGACCAGCAAAACCAUUGUUGUGUUGGUGAAAUGCAAACAAAAAUCUAUAUGAUGUAAACUUUAUUCUCAGCUAAUCCCUUUAACAAAUGACAGAUUCUGAUGUCGGUAACUGGAAAGCCUCCAUUGUUGGAGGACGAGAAGCCGUAUCCAGUUGAAGCAGCACAGGCUUCUGCGAUGACUGUGGAAACCACUGCUUAUGCCUUGCUUCAAGCAUUGUCAAGGAAUGAUAUUGACUAUGCAACACGGAUUGCGAGGUGGCUAACGAUGCAACAGAACUAUGGUGGUGGAUUUCACUCGA